AACAACUGGAAGGAAAGGAGGCCUCCAAGCAAAAUCCAAGGCAAGUAAAACCAGGCUAAAAAUCUCUUCCAGCCCAAAAUCCAAGCACACAAGCAAAGCAAAGCACAAAGAUGGCUGGCUGGCUGGCUGCUCUGCAUUGCCCACAUGCUCCAUGAUCAUCUCCUCUCACAACAACAUGGAAUCUCCAGGGGCAUCUCUGGAGCAUCUCUCCAUGGCAUGACUCUCUCUCUCUCUUCUCUCUCCCUCUCUUUCUCUUUCUCUCUCUUCCUGCCAUGGAAGACAGGAGAAGAGAGAACACACAAAAGAAGCGUAGGAACAAAAUGGUUUUUCUUCUCUCCCCUUCUCUCUCUCUCUCUCUCUCUCUCUCUCUCUCUCUCUGUGUGCUCUUGGAGCAGCAAUGCCACCAAUGGAAUCAGACGAUCUAAGACGCCGAUGCUGAUGAUGGAGCCAAAAUCGACACACUCGGUGCUGGAUUCUUCGUCUUCCUCCUCCUAAGCAGCUUCUAAAGCGCGCUCUGCGAUAUCGGCAGCUAUGGUGGAAGGAGAGCUCAAUGGAUGACGAUCAGGGGUGGCAGAGUAGGAGGCAUGGAUUCUCGUGGACGCUCCAGCUCCUGCAUUGGAAGCACGGGCCUGGAAUGAGGAAGAGGUGAAAGAGUGAAAGAGAGAGAGAGUGUGUGUGUGUGUGUGUGUGUGUGAAAGUGUGAGAGGCGAGAGGAGGAAGAAGAAGAUCGGGGAUGUGGGUCUAGCCAGGACUGGCGACCCACGAGAGGAUUUGGAUCGCGAGCAAGUGGGUUGCUCCCGGAAUGUAGCUGCGCGGAAGGGAUUGGAUCGAUCGAUCGAAUGAGCGCCGGAGGAAUAGAAGGAGCGCAGCAUCGGAGGGGACACAGCACAGGGUCGAGCGCCAUGGCUGUGGUCGGCAAGGAGCGCGAGGAGGAUCUGGCGCUCUUCCACGAGAUGAAGGCGCGGGAGAGGAUCCACUUCCUCCAUCCCAGCACCGAGGAGGACAUCGAAGCGUCGCUCCGGUAUCGGAUGGUGGCGACGGCUCCGCCAUUGCAGCACAAGAGCCCUAACGAUCUGCUAGGCUUGGAGCCGGAGAAGAACGACUAUGACUGGCUGCUAACUCCGCCAGGAACGCCACUCUUUCCAUCGCUGGAUCGCGACCUCCCCAGCGAGGCACAGCUCGAGGCCGCCAGCGUUCGUGCCACCACCAGAUCAAGACCGAGUAGAAUCUCCAGAGGAAGCUCCAGUCCUUCGCGCAGGCCGAGCUCGCCAUCUCCAUCCUCCACCUCGAGCUUGAGCCGGCGACCAUCGUUUGGAAACUCGAGCCCGUCCAGGCCAGGAUCAUCGAGCAGCCGCCCAGUCACUCCAACCGGCGCUCGCCCCUCCACUCCAGGAAGAUCCUCCACCCCGACCAGGAGAACGCUCACCACCUCCGCCAGCUUCAACAAGAUCACCACCACCUCCAACAAUGUGGGAAGAACCGCGCGUAGCAGCUCGCCAUCGUCGCGAAAGCCGAGAACUCCCGUCCAUCCAGCAAUGCCCGCGGGAUUCGCGAGUGAGCCACCGCCAAACCUCCGGACGAGCAUGCCGGAUCGACCAUCCUCGUCCAACACUCGCGGAGCUUCCUUGUCUCCCCGGCUCGUUGGAGGAGGAUCCUCCUCGUUCAAGAGCUCGGAUCAUCGCCGCGCCGUGUCGCCGAGCUUGUCCCGGAGCUACAGCUCCUCGGCCAGCUCCAGCAAAGGAUCGGUCGUCUCCUCGUCGCAAAACUCGGGCAUCGAGGUGAAUCGUCCCAGCCCGCGGGUGGUGAUCACCACCACCACCACGGACAGCGGUGGAAAGCGGCCGAUCUCGGGCUGCGAGGAGACCUCUCCGGUGAAGCCCGUGACCAAGAAGCCGGUUCGAACGGGCGGGACGAGCUCCUUCUCGGCGAUCAACUCGCAAAGGAAGCCUUUCGACACGAGUUCUUCGCGACAAAUGGACUUUAGGAGGAACUCGAGCGGUGGAUUCCGGCCGCUCAUGUCAAACAGCCACAUCUCGUCCUUCUACACGCGAGCCAGCAACUCGCUCCAGCAGCGCUCCAUGACGGACUCGUCGAUCAACAGCAGCAGCGCGGCGAGUGUGGAGCACGACCAGGACGAGGAGGUUGCGUCCAGGCUGAGCCGGGACGAGCGCGACGAGUUUGCGUCGCUCGACGCCAUGAUCGACGACAGGAAGGCCGAGGAGCUCCUGGAGGAUCACUCCCUGGAGCUGGCGAGGAGCUGCGAGGAGACGAGAGUCCUGGAGAUCGUCGAGGAGCUGGAGCCGAUGGUGGAACAAGCUCGAGCUCAAACUCAAGUUCAGGUCGAGGAGGAGAUGGUGAUCGAGAAGUCCGACCACCAUGAGCUCCUGGUGCUCACGCCAACUUCCUCGGAUCACUCUCCACCCUUUCAGGACGAAGUCGACAUGGAGAUCGACGAGAGCCAUCCGCUCGACGAAGACACCGGAGCCAGCAUGAGAAGCUUGCUCGAGCUCGUCAUCAGCAAAGCCGUGGAUCUGGCCGAAAACCAGGAGAGGCAAUCAGCGAGAGCUCCUCAUCCGAGCUCCAAGGUCCCUGGAGGAGCUGUCAAGCCGGACGAAGCACAACAAGAGCAGAACUCCUCGCCGCCAUCUUCCACAAAGGAUCCAUCCCUCCACUGCUUCACUCAGCUCAUCGAUCUAAAGUACAGCUCCAGCUCCCUGGAAGUCUACCAGUUCGAUCAGGAGCUCCACACAACCGGCUCGGAAGUGCUCGGACUCGCGAACGAUCCUGCUCCAAAGCCCAGAGACUGCCGCUCCUCGAUCUCUCCCAGCACUUCCACCACGACAAUCUCGGACAAGAAAGCCUCCACUUCGUCGUCCAGCGCCUCCCAGCUCUCGGAAACUUUCGCCACUCGAUCGUCCAACGACCGGGGAGAUCAUCCAAAGACGAGCUCGACCAACACCGACGUCCAUAGAUUGUCGUCCCGGAUCACCACCAAGCUCCGAGACCCUCCAAACUUCGGCGCAUUCUUGAGCGCGUCCAGGCACUACAAGAGGAGAGACUCGAGGGAAUCGUCGCUCUUCUCGAUCCAGAUAAGCUCCUCCAAAGGUGGCGAGAGCAUUUCAUCCGGAGGACGUCCCGCUAGCACCACCGACGAUAGCGUCGACGAUAUAACCCCGCGGAGGAUCCACCACCUCGAUCUAGCAUGCAACGGCGACGCGUCCAGCAACGGGACGUAUACGUACAAGGUCUCGGACGAGUACGACACCAAAUCCGAGGAGAGCUGCGUCGACUACUACAUCGAUUCCAUGGAUCCACCGCAAAAGUUCGUGGACAAGACGACGAGCGAGCGAGGAGGCAGGACGACGAGCUUAAACUCUAGCAAGGAGUGUGAGAUCCUGGCGAGCGAGGAUGUUCUUCCCGGUGGCUUUGACAACGACGAGGACGGAUACGUCGACUACUACAUCGAUGAUUUCUCGUCGCGGCAAAAGAUGGCGGGGAGCGACGAUCGUGAGUUCUCAGAGCCAGCAGCGAAGAAAUCGAUCGCGGCGAUCGCGGGUCACCGGCAGGACGCCAUGGACAUUGUCCUGGAGGAGGAGAGAUCGCUGCUCGUGGAUGAUACACACAUAGAAGUGUGUAGCAUGGAGGAGUCUUCCUCCUCCGAGUGUGGAGAUCAUCAUCCUGGGGGAUCUGGCGAGGAUCCUCGCGAUCGAGGCGACGAGGAGAUCGACACCAUGACCGAGUGCUGGAAGCAAUUGGAAGAGGCCGAGCAACAUCACCAGCAUCACGAAAAACUUCCAGGGAGCAUCAAUGGUGCUGGCAAGGAUCCAAGCACCACCAAUACCAUCGGGAUCUCCUCCAGCGAGAGCACCCGCGAGAGCAUCCUCUUCUGCAGCUCCAUCGUCCACGACCUCGUCUACCGGGCCGCGAGCCUGGGGAUCGAGAAGGAGGAUCUCAAGGCGGCGUCGGCGGACGAGCUCGUCACCUUCCUGGGGCUGUCCAAGACGCACCACAUCCCCCCAAAGUUCGUGGAUCUGGAUCCCACCAAGUGGAAAGCCAGCGAGGAAUCCACCGUGCGGAGAACGCUCACUUACUUGCAGAACCAGAAGCUGAUGCCAAAGACCACCGUGGCCUUCAUGCACAGCCCGCCCCUGGGAAGAGUUGAGGAGGACGUCAAAGAUCACAUCAUCCCAGAGCACCACUUCAUCGAUCGAUCGCUCGAGAGGGGGGGCGACGCCGCGAGCGCCGAGUCGCUGCGGCGCCGGCGAUCGCAGUCCAAAUGCCGCUGCGUGAUCCUGUGAGGAAUCAGCGAGGGGCUGUGGCUUGUAAGAAUUUUACUCGUGUACUGCAGUAAACUAAAGAAGAAAAGAGAUUUUUAGGGUUCUUGGGA